CACAAUUUAGUUUGGAAUUUUAUUCUUGUUUGUUUCUCUAUCUAAAAAAUAUAAGUCUUAACAUUAUAUACCGUAGAACAUGCACGAAAUGCAUUGAGUCAUCUGCUUCUUAUGCUCCUAGUAACACUACGUUACCUGGCAAAAGGAGAUUUUUUUAGCGAGGUUGGAGAUCUCCAUGGAGUCAGCAGGAGCUCUGUGUGCCGGUGUAUUCAACAGGUUAUAAGUGCCAUUAACCGAAACCUGAACAACAUCACCUUCCCAACAUCUUUGCAUGACCUUGCUGCAACAAAACAGAAGUUCCAUCGUGUAGCAGGAAUCCCGAAUGUUAUAGGCGCUGUGGAUGGAACACUGAUCCCAAUUCAAGCUCCAUCUGAAAAUCCUCAGACGUAUGUGUGCCGAAAAGGAUACCAUGCUGUAAACAUUCAAGCUGUUGUGGAUAGCAGCUUAAGGUUUACCAAUGUCAAUGCAAAGUGGCCUGGUUCAACACACGAUGCCACAGUAUUUGAUAUCUCUUCACUGAAGGACCACCUUGCUUCCAACAAGCCAGGAUGGCUAUUGGGAGAUUCUGGUUAUCCAUUGAGAGAAUACCUGAUAACACCAAAGAUACCUUUUGACAAUGAAGAAGAAGAAGUGGACAUUGAUGAAGAUCCACAGAAUCUGUAUCCUGAGGGCAACAAUCAGCAAUGCAGGCAGAGAAUAAUUGCAAUGUUUUAA